AAGGAAAAAAAAAAAAAAAACUAACCUUAAAUUCAAGAAAUAUGUCGAAGAGAGAAGAGAAACAAGAGUUGCCAGUAGAAACAAGUCCAUACACCAAGUACGAAGAUAUAGAAGAUUACAAAAAGAAUGCUUAUGGGACUUCUGGUCACCAAGAGGUUAAGCCAGGCCAAGGCGGCGGCACAACCGACGCACCGACCCUCUCUGGUAGUGGUGCACCCUCCGCCGUAGAUUCCGCUAAUCAACAAGCUAAGAAGUGAACCACUCAUCAUUAUUCACAAAAUUAAUCAAAUAUCAAAACAGAAUGUUUCUCUUGCAUCUAUUUUAAUUAAUGAACGCUACCAUUGCGAUUUAUUUGACGCUUUGUGAUAAUUGACUUGUUUUUGUUUUG